AUGAACUGCUCAAAAACACUUCUCUCUGUCUCUCUCUCUCUCUCUCUCUCUCUCUCUCUCUCUCUCUCUCUCUCUCUCUCUCUCUCUCUCUCUCUCUCUCUCUCUCUCUCUCUCUCUCUCUCUCUCUCUCUCUCUCUCUCUCUCUCUCUCUCUCUCUCUCUCUCUCUCUCUCUCUCUCUCUCUCUCUCAAAUGGAACGGCAGCGGCGCUCGACGCCUUUGACGCUCUUGAAGCCGCUGGAGACGGGCGACAACGGGGCGCCAUGAUAGACUUGGUGGUGGUUGCGUUGAGCGCCCUUGGCCUGGCGUUGUGCGUGUACACGCUGCAUGUGGCCCGGUCGGCUCGGCGCUCGCCGGGCAAGUACCGCGCCUGGUGUGAUGUCAGCUCGGCUGUGUCGUGCUCACGCGCCUUCACCUCGCCCUACGCCGUUGGAUUUGGUUUGCUGGAGCCGUUACUGGGCCGCGACAGCCCGCUCAAUCUAUCCAACGCUUACUUUGGCCUUCCGUACUACAUUCUCAUGCUGAUGGACGGCUUGUGCGGGAUUGACGCUCAACCGGGCACCUGGGCAAACAUCGUGCACCAGCUCGCGCUUCCGGCAAGCCUUCUGGCCACCGGCGCUAGCCUCUAUCUGGCUUGGGUUCUCGCCGCUCGGUUGCACGUGACCUGCAUUGUGUGCGUGGCCUCCUACUCGGUCAACCUGGCUCUGGCUGUGCUGGCCUACUGGACAAUGUAA